AAGGAAAAACACAUGAUGCAUUGUUUUUUUUCUGAGCUUUUUUAGCUCUUUUACCGGAUUGGUGUCACUCUGCGUCAGGGCUAACAAGAAGCUGCAUGGUUCUCCGAUGGAGGACCAUGCAAUACCGACGUAACGCGACAUAAGUUUCUUCUCCGUCGGUCAGCGUUCUUUCCAUGUAAAAAGCAUGGUUGCGCCUUUUAAUUUCACGAUGUACAUACCCUCUUCCUUACCAUGAAACGGACGCACGACACUAACACUAUGGAAAGCUCGAUGGCUGGACCCUCAGCUUCCACUAUCAAAACGACCAAACUACCCAGAAAACCGAAAUCUAUUCAAGCCUGUAAUUCGUGCAGGAAACACAAGACCCGUUGCGAAAUUCUGGAUGGUGUCGAGCAACCGCUUAUUAUAUGCCAUCGAUGUAAAGUUUUAGGAGUUGACUGUUCAUACCAGACAAUGGAAAGGUCUCUAUUCGAAACUGCCCUUCCUCCAAAGCCCGCAAACGCACCCGCAGCCACUUGUGGAUCUAGAUCUGAUACUACUACUUCUCCUACCAUCUCUCAUGCCUCCCAUGCCUCUAUGCCGCACAAUGACAUUUUCCCAAAUCUCCCCCACCAAAUCUGGAGCUUUCUUCGUCUUCCCAGAGGAACGCUUGACUGGACUGCUCCGCUAGAAGCUAUUCAAGAACUCAUGAAACACGUACUUGGUACUCAUGAUCGUCCUCCUCCUCCUGCAAUCCCAAACGACUCCUUAGAGGCCAUCCUUUCCCCAGACCAAAUUGACCACUUGAUAGCAAUAUUCGAACACAAUUAUUUGCCUUGGCUCAACUUCAAUCUCAUCCGUGAUAGAGUCAGCCCAUUCCUCGACCUCGCCUGUUGCGUGGUCGCAUCACGCCACCUUGGAGAUGGUACAAGAUCUGCUGUGGCCCCCAGACUGCAAGCACUGGUGACAAACUGUGUGGCGAAGAUGAUCUUGCAGUCCAGAAAAUCUGAAACGCUGGAGUCCAUACAGUGUCUUCUGAUACUUUCUCUCUGGGUUCCAGUUUGUGGUACUGAUGAGGGCUCUCGAGAUGGUCGCAUUCUUAUAGCCUCGGCCGUUACUAUGGCUUUGAAUAUGCGGUUGAACGAAGCAUGCGAGCUGGCGCUUGCCCUUCGUGAGUCAGAAGCAAGGGGGGACGAUGCGUCGAAUCAAGAUUUGUACGGCGCAACGGACAGAGCUCGUUUGUGGCUUGCACUGACGAACGUUGAAUCUCUAUUAUGUACCGGCAGUGGGCGUCAUCCAUUGUCGAAGCGCACAGGUGCAUACCUCAAGAUGGUUGCACUGUCUCCAGAUCUUCCUGGCUCGAAUCUUGUAGCUGGACAAGAUUUGAGGUUGAGACUGUUGGCCGAGAUCUUUGACAUAACCGAAGCUGGAAUCGCCAUUCGAUUACGAUCAUUGUCGGAUACGGAUGUUGAACGGUGGCACGAUGGCUUUAUGCGCGUCUUAGGAAGUAUGGACCGUGUAACGCGCAUAAUAGCGCCUUUACCUAUGGUUGCCGAGUUCGAUGGAUUUUACUUCAAAACACUUCAUCUCAUCGAGCGCACUUGCAGAUCUUUGAUUCUUUACCACGCCUGCCUCACCGCACGCCAGCACUUUGCAAAUUCGGGCAAUGAUAAUCCAUACUGGUUCAAACAAGUUCGUCCCCGUGGUUUGGACAUUCUUCUUCUUUGGGGAAAAGAAUCUGUCGCUGUGGCCGAAUCCGUUCUGAUCACCUUCCUCGAGGCAGACGUCCGUCUACUAGGAACAAUGCCAGAUUAUAUGUUCAAUAUGAUUGCCUUCGCGUCCAGCUUCGUCACGGGCGUCAGGUUCCUUGUUGUUCAGGUUGGGGUCGACUUUCCUGGUUCUAUCGAAAGAUUGCUGGAGCGGACUAUCUCCAAGUUAAACCAAUGUUCACUUUCUUCAGAUUCAGCUGCUGCAAAGAGCUCUGCUCUCAUCGCCGCGAUGUUGAAGCUGUGGGUGGACAGGACGCACAUUCCUGAAGAAGGGUCAAGGGAGGUCUCUCCCCCUCCUUAUUCACCCUAUGAGCGAAGGUCCAGCGGUCAUGUUAGUACAUGUUAGACUUUACUGCCAGAAAUUUGACUCAUGUCUCGCAACCAAUCAUAGUCCGAGCAGGAAACUCCACGCGCAUGUCGAAUGGGUU